ACUAGGCUGGAAUCUCCCCAGCCAGAUCACGUGUGGCAUCAGCUGACACUCCAGAUAACAAUAUGUGUGCAACCUUGGCCCAGUGCACUGCAGGAGGGAAGAGCCAGCAGGGACCCAUCAAUCUCCUGCCAGCAGCGAGGACAGACAGCAUGAGCACAUCCGGAAAAGUGAUCAAGUGCAAAGCCGCUGUGCUAUGGGAGACCAAGAAGCCCUUCUCCAUCGAGGAAAUAGAAGUCGCGCCCCCCAAGGCCCAUGAAGUCCGCAUUAAGAUGGUGGCCACCUCAGUCUGCCGCUCAGACGAUCACGUGGUUGCUGGAAACCAUCCUACGCCACUCCCUGCAGUUCUAGGCCACGAGGGAGCUGGUAUUGUGGAGAGCAUCGGAGAAGGGGUGACUUCUGUCAAACCAGGUGAUAAAGUCAUCCCGCUCUUUUCUCCCCAAUGUGGAAAUUGCAGAAUCUGCAAGCACCCGGAGAGCAACUUAUGUGUAACAAGUGUGUCACAGACUCAGGGGACGAUGUCUGAUGGCACCAGCAGGUUCACAUGCAAGGGAAAGUCAACCUACAACUUCAUGUGCACCAGCACCUUCUCCCAGUAUACUGUGGUAGAUGAGAUGGCAGUGGCUAAAAUCGAUGCGACUUCACCCCUAGACAAAGUCUGCCUCAUCGGCUGCGGGUUCUCAACUGGCUAUGGCUCUGCUGUCAAAGUCGCCAAGGUGACCCCAGGCUCCACCUGUGCUGUGUUUGGCCUUGGAGGUGUCGGUCUGUCUGUCAUCAUUGGCUGUAAAACAGCUGGAGCAGCCAGGAUCAUCGCUGUGGACAUCAACAAAGACAAGUUUGCGAAGGCCAAAGAAUUGGGUGCCACUGAGUGCAUCAACCCUCUAGAUUACAGCAAACCCAUCCACGAAGUAAUCCAGGAAAUGACCGAUGGAGGUGUGGACUUCUCUUUUGAAGUAAUCGGUCGCCUUGACACCAUGAUGUCUUCCCUGUUAAGCAGCCAUGCAUCAUGUGGUGUAAGUGUUAUUGUUGGGGUUCCUCCUCAUUCUCAAAGCCUCUCUGUGAACCCUUUGUUGCUGUUGCUGGGACGCACGUGGAAAGGAGCAAUAUUUGGUGGCUUUAAGAGUAAAGAUUCUGUCCCCAAGCUUGUGGCUGAUUUCAUGGCUAAGAAGUUUCCAUUGGAGCCAUUAAUUACCCAUGUUUUACCUUUUGAGAAAAUCAAUGAGGCCUUUGAGCUGCUUCGCUCUGGAGAGAGUAUCCGGACUGUCCUGACGUUCUGAGACCAUACUGAUGCCUUCCUACUCCUGACCCCUGCACCCCACUGAAUCAUGACACCAGCCACAUACAGCGCUAAUGUUGUUCCUUAGGGACACUGCCAAUAAAGUAAUCAUGUAAGCUUUC